AUGUCAAAUACAUUGACUUUAAGACGUGGAUCAUUUUUUGGUAUUGGAAAUCCAUUAUUGGACGUUAGUAAAGAAGUUGAUGAAGAAUUUUUAGAAAAAUAUAAAUUAAAAGAAGGUGAAGCAAUAUUAGCUCGGGAAGAACAUGCACCACUUUUUCGAGUUUUAAAUAAACAAGGUCGACUUGCUAUCGGAGGUUCAUCACAGAAUAUAAUGAGAACAAUUGUUUGGAUUCUUGAACAAAAAUUGUUUGCUUCCUAUAUGGGCUGUGUUGGAGAUGAUUUUGAAAAACAAAAUUUAAUGGAAUUAGCUCAAUCAGCAGGUUUACAUGUUGUUUAUCAAACACAUCCAAAAUUAACAACAGGACGAUGUGCAGUUUUAAUAAAUACACGGGAUCAACAUCGUACAAUGGUUGCAAGUCAAGGAGCAUCAGAAGGCUUUACUGCCGAUUUUCUUGAUGAUCCAGAAAAUUGGUUAAAAGUUGAACAAGCACAAAUACUUUGUUCAGAAGGGUUUUUUCUUGUAUCAUGUCGUGAAGCGUUUAUGCGUGUUUGUGAACAUGCAUUUAAAACAGGAAAAAUUUUCACUAUGACUUUAUCAGCGAAAUUUAUUUGUGAUAAUCCAAUUGGUGUUAGAUUAUUAAGUGCUUUACCUUAUGCUGAUAUCGUUUUUGGAUAUGAAGAUGAAGCAAGAAUUUUGGCUAAAACUCAACUUAAUAUUCAAAGUAAUAGUUUACAUAAUAUAAUUGAAGCAAUUCGUGACACCCCAAAAUGGAAUAAAGAUCGCCCAAGAAUUGUUGUAGUUUCAAAAGUUCCAGAAAGAACAACAGUUGCAACAAGAGAUGGAAUAAAAGAAUACCGAUGGAAAAAGCCUUCAAAGAUAGUUGAUACACAUGGCUGUGGAGACGCUUUAGCUGGAGGUUUUCUUGCAUAUUUUGCUUUGGGAAAAACAAUUGAUCAGUGUAUUAAUGCUGCUUUAUAUUGUGCAUAUGAAAAUCUUCAACAACUCGGUUGUCAAUUUCCUGAUAAACCAAAUUAUAAUGAACAAAUUUCAUAUGAAAAAAAAUAA